UUCCAAUUAGAUUUAAACUCAUUAAAUUACAACUUGAUUACAAUUUAGUUGAUCAACUUUUUCAAUUUAUCGUUAAACUGUAACCAAAGCAAUAAAAAUCUUUAAAUCGGUGAAUUGGUGAGUCUAAAAUUUGGUGAUCUCUUUAAGUGUCUCUUCAUCUUCCAGUUUAUUGUGUUUGUUUUGGGCUUUGACAUUUGAUGAAUUUCCUUGGUUCCAUCAUGUUUUCAUCCUAGAUUAUUAUUAGUAAAAAAAUUAUUGAUUCUCAUUAAAGUUGAUGAUUAACUAAUAUUCUUGGUUAUCGUAAAAAAGAAUAAAUUAAUUCCAUUUUAUUUGUUACUGGUGUUAAUUUACUCAAGUUAUAAAAGAUUAAAUCAGAGUUGCCAGAAUUAUAAACCCGUCCAACAACCAAUUUCAUCUAAUAUUUGGUUUUACAAGAAGAAGGAGAGAGAAAAAAUUACUGGCAGCUUAUUUGAUUUUUUUUCCUUUAUCAUCAUUUCCAAAAGAUUAGAUGAUCCACCAAAAAUAGAAUUUAAUUCUACUGCUCAAAUUAUUAAUAACAAUCAGUUAUUUAUAAAGAUUUUCUAUUGUUAUUGUUGCUGUUACUUCGUGACAAGAAAAACAUAAGCAACUUUUUUGUAGGUGAUGCACAAUGGCGGCUGCUUAUAGACCUUAUAAAGAUGAAGACAGUUGUGAUAAUCUGAAUGUUCUUGAUGACGAUGGUCUUAACUGGCCUGACAAUGAACCUGCUUCUCUACAAAUCUAUGAACGAACUACGGAAGAUCUUCCCUUUCCCAGUAAUCGUCGUUAUUUAAUCGCUUGCCUUGGAUUGGCUUCGAUUUCCAUGUUUAUCGGUUUAAUGAUUGGUUAUUUUGCUCAUUCCUCUCACAAUGAAUGUAUUCCAAAUUUUGCUGUUUCUCUUCAUUCAGUGAGACAUGAAGAUCCCUCAAUUAGUGAGAAACUUUUAAAUUCAAUUGAUGUUAAUAAUUUAGAGAAAUUGGUUCGUGAAUUUAGUGAGGAACCAAGGAUACCAGGAUCACCGAGAGAUCGAUACUUGGUCUCCAAGAUACACAAUUAUUUUUUAGAUUCUUCAUUCGAUAAAGUAAUCAUUCAUAAUUAUACUGUUCUACUAUCUCUUCCGGAUGAAACUGCACCCAAUUCAAUACAAAUAAUCAAUAGUAACAACAAACAAGUGAGCUUUGAUUCCCUUGACACUUUGAAAUUGGAUGCGAAGCAACUUCAUCCAUACAGUGCCUAUUCACCAAGUGCCGAUUUACAGGGUGAUUUGGUUUUUGUAAAUAAUGGUAAUUCCGAUGAUUAUCGUCUAUUGGAAGAAAAAUUUAAGAUCGACUUUAUUGGUAAAAUUGUUCUAGUUAAACUUGGUGAAUUACCUUUGGAUCAAAUUGUUCUAAUUGCGUCUCAUUAUCAAGUAUCUGCGGUCAUUUUUUUCCCUGACCACAAGUUUUUCGAGGUAAAUCAUUCGGAAUUUAAAUUUCCAAGUGAUGCAAUCAAAUGGGAAUCAGCUCUUUGGACAGAAUUUGGUGAUCCAAUGUCACCUAAUUAUCCAUCAACAGAUCAUGCAUAUCGGAAAGUUUCCAGCUCUCAUGUAGCUAAAAUUCCGGUUCAACCGAUUAGUAGUAAUCAAGCUAUGAUGUUGCUCCAUCUUCUCGGUGGUAACAAAUCACCACCCGAUUGGAACUCAGGGUCAAAUUUUUCCCACUCAAUCGGCCCUGGAUUUGCAAAUGGAAGCCUUAAAAUCCGAGUCAAAGUGAACAAUUAUCUCAAAAACGAAACGGUUUCCAAUGUAUUGGGCUACAUAAAGGGUCGAGUUGAACCUGAUCGUUACGUUUUGGUUGGUUCUCAUCGAGAUUCUCUUACAAAGGGAGCCAUGGAUGCGGCCAGUGGAACUGGUGUCAUGUUGGAAGUCGCUCGUGCUUUCGGCCAACUUCUGAAAAAAGGAUGGAGACCACGACGAACUAUUGUCUUCUGUUCAUGGGGAGCCGAAGAAUUCAAUCUCCAAGGGUCAACCGAAUGGUUAGAAGAUAAAUACAAGAUUCUUCACUCUCGAGGUUUGGUCUACAUUAACGCAGAUACAGUAGUUUCGGGUAACGAUUCAUUUCGAGCCUUUGCCUCGCCUCUUCUUCAUCACGCGAUUUUAAAUGCUACAAAAUUGGUUUCCAAUCCCGACAAGACUGAUAAUCAACAUAAAACUGUUUUCGACAAAUGGUUUAAUACAUUUCCUCUUAUUCGUAAUGAAACUUUCAUCAAAGAAUCAUCUGAUAUUCAUCAUAAGAAUACUCAAGAAAUGGAUCUUUUCUCAUCUGAACAAGAUACUUUUACCGAUUUACUCAACAAAGAAGAGACUUUGGCUCAUCUCAGUCACACCAAUACAACUUAUCUACUCUCUUAUAUUGACGGCGUCAUUUCAGCCCGUCAACCACAAAUACUUCCCAUUCAGGGUCGAUCAGUUUACUCAAUAUUCACAUCGUCCUUAGGAAUACCCUCAAUGGAUCUAAGUUAUGUUUCUGCAAAUCAAAAUUACAACUCAAAAUCAUCUCUGUCAGCUUAUAGUCUGAUACAUACUCAAUAUGAUACUUUUGAUAUAUUUAAAUCAUCAAUUGAUCCUGAUUUUAAAUACCACCAAUCGAUGGCACAAAUUUAUGCUGAAAUUAUAAGAGAUUUUUCUGAAUCUUUAUUCAUUCCCUUUAAUUUAUUUCACUAUGUCCAGUUUAUUCAGAGUGUCCAUCUCAAGAUCUACUAUCAAUCUCAACAUCUUUUCCCUAAAGGAGGUUUUGACACUGAUGUACUCAGUUCAGCAAUUCACAAUUUCACCGAAUCAGUUUAUAACUUUCACUUACGCCAAGGAUCAAUUGAUUUCUCUGAUCCAAUGGCAAUACGAACAAUUAAUGACCAACUUCUCUUAUUGGAAAGAGUUUUUCUUGACCCGGUUCAACUUUAUAUCGUGAAUAAUGUUCAUCUAAUUCAAAGUCCAGAAGGAUUAUACUCAGGAGAGAAUCAAACCUUAAUCGGAUUAAUUAAUUCACUUUCACAAAUUUUCAACAGUACGCAUAUCAAUGAUGUGAGCAUCGGAAAGGAUUUAACAUCAGUACUAGAAAAUGGAUUAAAACCUCGACUCUCAAUUCUAGUCCAUGCUAUUCAAAAUGCUGCUGAUAUUAUAAACAACGUCGUUGUCUAAAUUCACAAUUAAUGGUUGAUGGGGAGACACAAUUAAGGAAGAUACAUCUCUCUCACUCUAAAUUAUAAUAAUUUCCAAUAGAUGUUUGUCCAUUGGUCAUUUACAGUCCAUUUACUUUAAAAGACUGAAAAAUUACUUAAAUUCAUUUUAAACUCUCUGUAAAUUUGAUCCACUGGUUAUUAAUGGCAUGAUGGUGUUAAUUUAAUUUAAUCAAUCAACUAUUAGAAUCUCAAAAAGCAUGAAAGCAUCUCUACCCAAAGAAUUCCAUCCGUAAUAUCUUAUUAAUUAAUUGUACAGAACAAUUUAUCUCCAAUAAUUUACUCAAAUACUAAUCAACACACAAUCAACGGCAAGGAAAAAAAAAAUGUAAAUCAAUUAACUUUAAAUCUCUUUUCAUCUCAAUCAACUCAUCUUGUUGACAAUUCACUUGUGUGACCCAAUGUUAUUGUGAUUGAUUAUUUUACCAAUCACAAUUAAAUUUAUCAAAUAUUUUGACUUAUAUAAUUAAAAUGACAAAUUUACAAUAUAAUAA